UAGAGUUAGAGUAUUUCAGAUUUGUUGGAUGACUCUGUUGGAGCUCUGGCAUUGCUAUCAUUGACCAGAAGCAUCACAAAUUCCGGCAACCCCACUUGAUUCCCACCCUAGCAGUACGCCUGGCUUAAAUCGUUAUUUCCGCUGCAAACCGUUUGCUAGUGGCGCCCCUCGUUUAUUCUGAUGCUGGGAAGUAAUCGUUUCCGGCUUCGUCUUCUACAGUCACGACAUUCGCGAUUGAACGCUUCAGGGGUAAGCCUCCCCCUCCUGCGUGAGAGACAUCCCUACUCCAAUUUAGGCAACGUUUGCGUCCAACCAAUCCAACUCUCAAUGAUCAUCACAGCUAGGUGUGACGGAAGUACGCAGAAACUGGUCACUUCCGGUGGUAGGGUGACAUAAUAAACUCAAUGUGCUGAUAUCAACUAGUCAAUCAAGCUAGGCGUUAAAUUAACCAAAAAUAGAUGACCUUGAUUGUACCGUAUCACUAUCAUUCCGAGCUCCCUCAAUGCUACUCGGUAUACGUUAUGAAGCGCACGCUGAUAAAUACCCUUUCGUUACUACAAAACGACAGCUUUGUCUAUGUAAUGCACGCCUCCGUAUUUUUGUGCCGGAAUUGUGUGUGGGUUUUUUUUUUGCUUCAGAAGAAAUACAUCUCGCAUUUCUGCAUCCCGGAACGGAUUGCAGUUUGUUUUGUUUUGGUUUUUGCAUCUCUCCGUCCACUAAAUAUCUCCUCUCUUUGUUUCGACCGUGGACCGCACGGCACAGACGGGGAUGCAACUCGGCUUCAACAUCAACUAGCCUGUAGCCUGGGAGGGAGUUAACAAACGCACUGGUACGAUAGUGCAGCCCCAUUUCCUAAUCAGCCGUCGAAGGGACUGGUGCUCUAGUGUUUGGGAAGCUGCGAUCGAAAAUUGGAGUUAAAGUGAUUUUGUUCAGCAACAAAACGAAGCUGUACUUCUAACCUGAGUCGUUUUUAAGCGCCCUUGUAAUGAAGGACACCACUGUAUCGCCGCCUGCAUCGCUCAGCAAUACAUACUUCCACCAGCACCACCAUCCAUAGCCAGCUACGGCUUCCAGCCUACGGCUCGGGAUGGAGCAGAGGAUGAAACACUUUACCAGUCGUUGCUUGGGUUGCUUCACCUGGCUGGAGCGGCAGGACCCCGGCUCGGCCCCGAACGAGCCCGCUUAUAUUCCACUGCUCGCCCCGCUGCCCCUACACACCCUGCAGCGCGUCCAGCUGCCGGCCGGACUCCGGGACGACGGCCAGUCCGCCAGCGAUCGGAAGCGCUGGUGGACGUUCAGCCAGUUUGUUACGCACGAGCAAAACUAUCUGGACGCGCUGCACAAACUGCAAUACGAACUGUACAACCCGCUGCUGGUGGACGAUGCCAUCGUCGAUCGGAACGUUUCGUACGCCAUCUUCGCCGUCCAUCGGCAGAUCUGCCGGCUGCACCAGUUUCUGCAGCCGCUGGUGGAGCGUUGCGUGCACGGGUGGGACGAGCGGAAUCGCUCGAUUGGCUGGCUGGUGUGGGCAAUCGUUGGCCAGCCGGCCCUGCUGCCCCUUUAUCGAUCCUUCGCCAACGGCUACCCGGACGCGGUCGGACGCUUGGCGCACGAAGUGACGCGCAACUUUCUUUUCUCCUGGUUUGUCACCGGCCGGCUUCGCGGGCUGGGCGAGCGGCUCAGCUUCAGCGACUACUUCAUCGCGCCGGUGCAGCGUCUGCCCCAGCUCGUGCUGGAACUGCGUGAGCUGAGCGAGGCCACGCCCGCGUCCGACCCGGACCGGGCGGUUCUGGAGCGGUGCGUCCAGCGGGCGGUCUACCUUGCCGAGCAGCUGAACGUGGCGCGCGAACGGGCCGACCUGAUCCAGCGCGUGGUCGGUGGCGAUGGUCACAGGUGCCAGUUCCUGCACAGCGAGCUGCUGGUGGAGACUGGCGCCGAUGGCCGGCCUUCCGGCACCCGGUGGCGGCUGGUCGUGCUGCUCAACGACCGGUUGGUGGGUGUCGAUCCGGCAAAAGGCGAUUUGGAGUGGGCAAUACCGCUGCAGGAGCUGCAGGUGGACAGUCGACCGACGGACGGGUCUGUUUGUUCGCACGACACUUUCGGGUAUGUACGCGACUUUCAAACCGUAACGCAGAUGCGGGAGCUGGUAUGCACGUUCCACCAUCAGCAGCCGACGCUCGGCGAGGGAGUUUUCGCCGAGAUCCUGGAUACAAUCUGGUCCAUCGUGCUGCCGGCCAAGCAAACGGAACGGGAAGCGACCUCACUGCAGGUGCGAGGAGCGUCCGGCGAGAGGCACAACCUGAAGACGGGCGAUGCUGCCAGGAAGCAGGAAUGGCUCGACUGGAUACGGCUGGCCCGGCUGGCUCUUCAUCCCAUCAACGCCACUGCCUGGUGGGCUGGCGCCGCACAACUUCCGCAGGAGACACCGCUCGAGCGACCCCUCCUUGUGCGCACGUUCCGGGCCGGCGACGGUCGCGGUGUCUGGAGCGUAUCGGGCGGCUGCUGUUACGUGCCGCGCACCGACUCGCCCGCCUACACGAACGAGCUGUACCGCGCGUGGUCCACCGGGAAACACAUCCUGUGGAUCGGCAGCAUCCGCGCGGCUGACGGGGACGGGGAAGGCAGCGGCAGCAGCCGCAUCUCGCUGUACACGCACGACCGCACGACGCACGCGGUGGACGAGCGGGCGUGCUUCACGCUGGCGCACGCGCAGGUGAUCUGCCUCGAGCACGUGCCCGCCGGCUCGGUGGGCGACGUGCCGCCCGAUACGGUGUGGAUCGGCACGCGCCAUAAGCUGCUCAUCUACUCGGCCACGCUGCCGCUGGUGGGCGCCCGGUUAGGCCAGCUGCGCGUCAAGGGCACGCCCAACCGGCUGCUGUACAGUGCGCGCCGCCUGCUGCUCGGUACCGGCACCGGGCGGCUUCUGAUCUUCUCCAUCCGGCCGGACGGCGUUUGGGACCUGCGCACACCGCAACAGCUAUGUCUGCACGGGGGCUCGGUCGAGGCGAUGGUUCCACAUCGAUCGCUCGUCUAUCUGGCGGCCGGCAGGCGGCUGCACGUGUACGACAGCGUCGCUGGGCUGGUGGUGCAAACGAUCCGCUCACCCGCAACGACUCCGGCCGAUCGGCAAGCGAUCGUGCUGCUCCGGUGCACCAUCCACGGCCUGUGGAUUGUGCGGCAUCGGUCGAGCGCGAUCUCGCUGUACCAUGCGCGCUGCUUCAAGCAUCUACUGGACGUGGACGUGCGGGAGCUUGCCGGACCGGUUCUUACCAACUUCCAGCUGUCGGUCACAUCGCUCGCGAUUGCGGACGAUCGGCUGCUGUGGGUGGGCACGAACGCCGGUGUGGUGCUGUCGAUGCAGCUGCCCGCCCAUGCCAGCGUGCCCAUCAGACCCGAUCUGCACGGAGUCGCCUGCCAUGGACAUCUGCGCGAUGUGAGCCUGAUCCUGCCAAUGCCCUCGCUACGGAUGCGGUCAGCCGAACGGGUUGACACGGUCCUGGAUCCCGCACUGAUAGACCUUCUUUAUGGGGGCACCAGAAACGGCGCUCGCGACUUUGUUGUGCGCAGUGUGGGCGUUCAGGUCGAGCAGAUUGGCUACAUCGACACAGGCAGCGAAGGGAGUCGUGGCGAUCAAACACCAGCCUCGGAGGAAGCGGAGGAGUCGUGCGAACGGGAAGAGCACGAAGCGACCUGGGCUCCCAACUCCACGCUGAUCGUUACUGGCGGGCAAGGUUACGGGCGAUGGAACCCCAAGACGACGGAUACGUCAGGCGUCGGCGAGUCUACUGACUGGAUGAGAGAACCGAUCGAUGAGCAGGAAAACAUAAUUCUGUGGGAGAUGCGACUGACUUAAGCGCAUGCUCGCUGUUGCUUGAUGUCA